AUGCUUCUUAAUCCAGCCAGUCUCCGCACAGAGUUCCGAGCACGAAACAUUAGAAAUGACAUUCAAGAGGCAAAAAGAAACAAUGACCGUCCCAAGAAGAGAUACUGGUUCAAAAAGAUCAUGAUGAAGCUCUGGCGCCCAUUGGGCAAAAUCUCCCUUUUAAAUACAAUUAAAGAGAAGCGCCGCGAGAAACGAGCUGCCAGAGGACCAUAUCAGCCAGCUCCGAUGCACACUGAGUAUCAGUACGUUUACGCAGAUGUACCUUCAAGUACCUCUGAGCUCGAACAUGAUAUCGACAAUGACAGUAACGUGGCAAAUGAAAGAGAGAGUUUGGCAUCAGACGCGUCGUCGGUGAGGGAAGAAGACAUGCUCCACCAGGACGGGUUUGAUAUGCUGAACAACGGGAAAGAAUUUAAGAGACGAGCUGAUGAGAAUGGAGAUUAA